UUUUCUACUAAAUUGUUAUAAGCGUUCAACAUAGACUAGAAAUUUCAGUUUUAAGAACUAUGAAGUUCUUAGCUGAUUUUCUGUCCUGUUAUAGUGGUUCUGUUAAUGAUAAUAAUAGUCCCAAAAUUGAAGCAUGUUCUCUUGUUCAAGUAACAUGCCAAGAGGAAAAAAACACUAAGAGGGCUCGAAAAUUGACUCGUAGAAAUUCAUCAUCAAAGGGAUUGUGGCAGCCAUCUCUCUACACCAUCUCUGAAAAUGAUACCAUCAAACCACAAGAAGGGAUCAAAGCCAGCACCAAGAAAAGGAAAAGUUAUAGACCAAAAAACAAUUCUCAAGCUUGUUAUUACAAUGAUCUGAGGGUACAAGCUCAGUUUCAGACAAGUAUUAUGGCACUAUCGGCAGUAACCUGGGUGUUUUGAUCUCCUUUUCUAGUUACUCUAUUUAUGUCUUUCAUUUGAGAUGUUGGUGUGCUUGUGUAGAACCACAUUAGUAUCAUGAUAAUACAUCAAUGGAUGAAAUAUGCUUACUUGUCCUUCA